AUGCAAGAUACGCGACCAGAGUUAUACGAGGAGGUGAAGCUGUACAGAAAUGCCAGGGAGAGAGAAAAGCAUGACAACAUGGCGGAGCUCUAUGCUGUGGUCAGCACCCUUCAGCAUCUUGAGAAGGCCUAUAUGCGGGACUGUGUUCGUGCUCAGGAAUACACCGCUGCCUGCAGUCGGCUACUUGUACAAUACAGAGUAGCCUUUAAACAAGUUACAGGAGACGAGUUCCCAAAUAUAGAGGCAUUUGUUACAAAAUUCAGGUUAGACUGCCCGGCAGCGUUGGAGAGGAUAAGAGAGAACAAACCGAAUCUGAUUAAAGAUGACAAAGGGAACACUAAUAAAUAUAUCGCUGAAAUUGUGUCCCUGUUCAUUACAUUGAUGGAUAAGCUCCGUCUAGAAUUCCGUGCCAUGGACAUGAUCCAGCCAGAAUUACGUGACCUUCGAGACACCAUGGAACGACUCACAAUGCUGCCUGAUGAUUUCGAAGGGAAACUCAAGGUCCAAGAAUGGCUUGACAAGUUGUCAGAGAUGUCUGCUUCAGAUGAACUAUCAGAAUCCCAGGUGCGGCAGCUGCUGUUUGAUCUGGAGACCUCAUAUGGAGCAUUCAACAAACUACUACACAAGGAUUGA